UGCUGGUGGCAGCAGCGCACCGCGGCGCUCUGCUGACAGCCUCGUCCGUCACACAGUCAGGAGUCCCCAGCAGUAAACACAGACUGUCGCCACACCGGAGAGCCAGCCAGCCAGCUAACGACCACACGAGCAGAAAGGGAUGGAUACUUUCUACAAGCUAGUAUUGCCUGUUGUAGUACGGGAUUCAUCCAGGACUGCUAAAAUCAGUGAUGUGCUUGUCCCAUCUGACAUAGUGGGACACUAUAGCUGAACCCCCUCCCUGUCCUGUCGCUGUUCCCCCUGAAGACCUCGUACCAACACCACCUCCUUCCUCGUCCCCCACCUCCUCUUCCUCCCUCCGGCCGCCCCUGUGAUGCCUCCCCCAUGCUGUGGCUACCUGUCACAGUACACUCAUCAUCAUCUGGUUGCCUUUCUCCUCACCUUCUUUAGCUAUGUGUUGCUACACGCAUCCAGGAAGACGUUCAGCAAUGUGAAAGUCAGCAUCUCGGCCCAGUGGACGCCGUCUCUCCAGAAUGGCAGCGCACCGGCUUACUCUCCUGGCGAGACGUGGGAAUCCAAUCGUCUGUUUGAAGAUGAAAAGCAGGCCACUAUGUUCCUGGGAGUUCUGGACUCCAUCUUCCUCUUCUCGUACGCAGUGGGUCUGUAUUUCAGCGGUGUGAUUGGAGACAGACUGAACCUGCGCUACGUACUCUGCUUCGGCCUUUGUGGCUCUGCUAUAGUGGAGUUUGCGUUUGGCACUCUCACCGAAUGGCUCCACAUCUACAACAUCUAUCUGUACUGCGGCCUGUGGGUGGUGAACGGCCUGCUGCAGUCGGCCGUCUGGCCCUGCGUGGUGGCCGUCAUGGGCAACUGGUUCGGCAAGACGGGCCGCGGCUUUGUGUUCGGCCUGUGGAGUGCUUGUGCCUCUGUAGGCAACAUCCUGGGGGCCUUCCUGGCUUCUAGUGUGCUCAAGUAUGGAUACGAGUAUGCCUUCCUGGUGACCUCAGUGGUGCAGUUUGCCGGUGGGGUGGUGGUGUUCUUCGGCCUGCUUACCUCCCCAAAAGAAGUCGGUUUGAGCUCGGAGUCGGAGACCGGACUGGUGGAGACAGACACAGACAGCCACAGGCCUUUGAUGAGCGACGAGGAGGAUGAGCUGGAAGCCGAGGCGUAUAGCAGACGAUACCAGUCAGUUCAGGAGCCGGACGAACCUCUGACCGAGACUCCUCGAGCCAUCGGCUUCUGCGAGGCUUUCUGUCUGCCUGGAGUGCUACCUUAUUCCCUGGCGUACGCGUGCCUGAAGCUGGUCAACUACUCCUUCUUCUUCUGGCUUCCUUUCUACCUGAGCAACAACUACGGCUGGAAGGAGGCUGAGGCCGACCGCCUGUCCGUGUGGUAUGAUGUCGGAGGAAUUAUCGGAGGAACCGUUCAAGGUUUGAUUUCUGACUUCAUGGGAAAGAGAGCCCCGGUGUUGGCCAUUAGCCUGGCGCUGGCGAUGGGAGCCCUGGUGGGAUACAGCCACUCACCUAAUGACCAGGUGAUAAACGCUGCGCUGUUGGCUACCACUGGCUUCUUCAUUGGCGGCCCUUCUAAUAUGAUCAGCUCGGCCAUAUCUGCUGACCUGGGGAGACAGGAUGCUCUGAGGGGCAGCCAGGAGGCUUUGGCUACUGUCACUGGCAUAGUCGAUGGAACUGGGAGUAUAGGAGCUGCUGGGGGACAGUACCUGGUGUCCCUGAUUGAGAACAAGCUGGGCUGGAUGUGCGUGUUCUACUUCUUCGUCGUCAUGACAGGGGGCAGCAUCGUGUUCAUCAUUCCGUUGCUCGUCAAAGAGGUGCGUGCCAUGUGGAGAGACAGACAAGCGCUGCGACGCCAGCUGUGAACGCGCCAAACAUCUGCCAGCCAUAAUAUUCCUCCUCUAAUCAGCAGGGCUGCACACAAACGGCUCCUUUUUACGUGAGUUUUCGGGAGGUGGGAUGCUGUUUCUCACAGCCCACGAUGGUUAAGGUAAACUGGAGAUAGAGAACCACAAGUUUAACUCCCACAAACCACCAGUGUUUGUCCAUUAACACCCAUGUGAGCAGGCAGAGCGACUUUGAGCACAACACUGAAGUCUUAUCCACUCACUAGAAGCCUAAAAAUGCAAAUGCACACGUCUUUUAGUGUGCACACAAGAAUUUAAAGGUUGAGCUGAAGUGCCUCAUUGACAAAGGCUUUUAAAGGGACCCUAGCUGUCCACUCUGUGAAUUCAGGCCUUGCGGGGCUAUCACAGAAUGUACUAUUGUAUAUAUUUUAGGUUUUAAAUGGAUGUAAAAACCUUUUUUUAAAUGUAGGUGUUCUUGAUUCAAGUUUUAAAUCAAGAGUUCUUAACUUAAAGAUCAUCCCCUCGGAGACAAUUUGGGGGUCAUGAUGGCCUAAAGAAUGUGAAUAAUAACGAUAAUGUAGAGAUGUACUGUCAGCGUUUGUAGAUAUGUAUGAUAUUUUUGUUGCUUCGGGUCGAGAUAAUGAAUAUUGCACUGUAGUAUACAGUAAUUAGUCUUGAAGAUUUUAGUGCACCACUCAGAUUUUAGCUGGGUUUUGGGAAACUUUCACCUCGCAGCCACUUGAUUUCUCUUGUGUACAUUUUGUGCAAUCAUCAGGGUUAGAAACUAUACUGUCUACGGGGACUGGUUCUCUCCAUUCUGUAUGUGUGUCAGUCACUGAUCGAUAUAUGCUCAUUCCUUUUUAAGUUUUAAUGUCUUAAGUCACAAGCAAUCGCCGUGAAAACCCUCACGCCAACAAACACACCGACAGAAACACAAUUAGAAAACUCUACCAAUGUCUUGUCUCUUUACAUUGAGUUUACAGCGAGGCAUGCCUCAUGCACAUUCAAGUGUAAACUGCAUACUGACAUUGCAGAAGAGACAGGUUUUGCCUGUUUGCCGCAGAAGCUGCACAUUUGCACGUUUGUUUGGGGAACUUGACUGCAAAUCUGUGUUUGAACAGAUUUAUUAUGUUUAAAGAGGUAAAUUACUUUUAGAUUAUAAUUACUCAUGAUCAGAUCACUUAUCAUAUGUCAUCAGCCAUGGGCUAGUUAGUGUUUCUGCAGGUUGUCUGCUUUACGAGACAAUGUAGUCAGCAACCAGCCAUCAAUCGUUUUGGUUAAAAUCAGUAAAAAGAGACUAGAAUUAGUGAUUUUCCAGCCACUGUGGCCAAUAGACAAAACUGGUAGUUUGCUCCGUUGCAUUUAGAGCAUUUAAAAUGCUUUUUGAGAAGUACUCUGUGGUACGAGACGUGUUCCUCAUGCUAAACCUCCAGCACUGGAGCUUAAAAUGACACUUGCACCUCCGAUGUUUCUGAACUUGCCAAAUGUAACAGAAUGUAAAUUGAAACGUGUGUUGAAUAUGAAACACUAUCUGUGGUGUAUUUUUUUGUUUUAUUUUUAUUUAUGUGUACUUUUAGAGUUUUAACUAAUGUAAAUGCAAAUUUUCAUUUUAAAUAAAUGCAAACUACAUUUUGCAAAUUGUGA